AUGGCGCCGUCCUCAUUCGUCGCCCUGCUGCUGCUGCUGGUUUCGCGCUCGCUCGCCACGGCCGGCGGCCGCUCGUGCCCAGACGCGGAGUCCCAGCUGCUCCAGCUCUCGAGCAGUCAGAUUUCUGGCGGCGGCGGCGGCUCGGGGCUGGCGGCCACGGACCUGGAUUCCGUGGUGUGGCCCACCCGCGGCGGAAGGGCGAGCUCCUGCUGCCGCUGCAACUACGUCAUGCGCAUCCGCGUCCCGGCCGCGAACAUGCCCGCCGGCCCGCAGCAGCUUCGCAUCAAGUUCGCACAGUCGAACAACGGCAUCGCGUACGUGGCUUUCGGUGAGGAGCAGUCCCCAGGCGUGAUGAAGGCUGGCACCAUCAAGAACCUGUGCUUUGACGGGCAGGUCGGCGACUGCACCACGGCCGUGUCUCUUCUGGCUUCUGCGUUGUACACCAAGUGGUUCGACUACACGAUCAACACCGCCAAGAAUUAUUACGUAUCAUACCUUCACCUCUGCGGCCCUGGCGGUCCCUCGUCGGGGACAACCCCUGACGGUGUGUGGUUCAGCGGUUACAACACUAAUACAGAAGACGCAUACGCGUACUGGUCACAUUGGGGUACUGCGACGUGGUACAACGCCCUCCGCGAGAACGGUCUGGCCGGGACCCUUCGCGGACCCAGUGCGCUCGUGUACGGCCACUACUCACGCGAUCCGGGCGCCAGCAUCGCAGGCGGUUGGAAAUCUCUGAAUCGAAUCGAAGGCAUCCAGGGUAUCGAGUCCACGCCAAUCCCGACGCCGUACCCGACGCGUUACCCGACGCCGUACCCGACGCGUUACCCGACGCCGUACCCGACGCGUUACCCGACGCCGUACCCGACGCGUUACCCGACGCCCUACCCGACGCCUUACCCAACGCCCUACCCGACGCCGUUUCCGACGCCCUACCCGACGCCUUACCCAACGCCCUACCCGACGCCCUAUCCAACGCCCUACCCCACGACGACCUUCCCAACGCCGUACCCGAGUGCGGGCUCAGCGGGAUUUACUCCGGAUCGUGGCCCGGGGAGCGCGGACGCAGCAUAA